AUGGCGUCGAGUUCGAGUUCGUCGGCGAGGUUGUUGCGCAGGUCGGGUGCUUCGUUCCAGCGGGCUUGGAGCAGGACGGAUGGGAGUAUACCGACGAGCUACAAUGUCCUCUCGCGACGGUUCAUGGCCACAGAAGCCACAAUCCCUACAGAAUCGACCAAUGAAUCCGAUUCCUGCGUCAAAGUCUUCGAGAGCAGAUUACGACCUGCAAGGACCAGACAGCAGAUUCUACUAGAUCCCUCCCCAGUAACCACAACCCUCUACAAAUUCCCCACCCUCGAACCCAUUCAAUUCGUCAAAUACGACGCCAAAUUCCUCCACUUACCUCUCCGUCGCGACAUCCUCCACCGAGCCAUAGUCUACGAAGGUAACGCCCACCGUCUCGGCCGAGCAAAGACCAAAUACCGUUCCGAAAUCGUCGGUUCCAACAAGAAACUCCGUCCGCAGAAAGGUACAGGUCGUGCCCGUCUAGGCGACGUAUCAUCCCCCAUGCUCCGAGGAGGUGCGAAAGCCCACGGUCCCAAACCCAGGGACUUUAGAACCGACCUACCGAAGAAAAUCUACGACCUGGCGUUUAGAACGGCGUUGAGUUAUAGGUAUCGACAAGGGCAGCUGAUCGUUAUUGGAGAGGCUAUACAUCCUCAACAUUCGAAGACGAGAUAUAUGAGACAGAUCAUGUUGUUGAACAAAUGGGGUGCGCCGAAUGGGAAGACGUUGUUUAUCACUAUGACUAGGAGGAACAACCUUUGGUGUGGGUUGAAUAUGUUGGGUCAGCAUGGCAGGGCGAUGAAGGUGCAAGAUGUGGAUGUGAAGGAUCUGUUGGAGACUGGCAGGAUUGUGAUUGAACAGCAUGCGCUGGAGUGGUUGGGUGAGAGACAUGGGGUUUCGUUCCCGCCGAGGGUGAAGAAGUCGAAGAAGGGGAAGAAGGGGGCUGUAGUCGAAGGAGAGAGUGAGGCAGCAGCAGCGGUGGUAGAGGAAGGUGAUGCUGCGGCUAUUGCAGCUGUUGCUACUGCUUCUGAAGCUGAGGCAGCUGUUGAGGCUCUUGCUGCAGAAUCAUCGACUGAAGCCGAGGCCGAAGCAUCCCCAGAAUCCGAUUCUCAAACGGCAUCGGAAGUCACAUCUGCGCCACCAACUAGUUCUACCACUGCCACCGCACCGGCUUCUUAA